AUGGCUCUUGAUACCGAGUUACUGCAUCGACCCACUGAAGCCCUUCUCUUACCCGGCGGCCGACGCUUCUUCCCCUUUAAAAUCCCCAAUACACACCACCAGCUUCGCCAUUAUAUCAGCACAGCCGAUCCAGAUAGGAUAUAUGUAGCCGUUGGGAGAAUAAUAUACGCCAUCCACAUCUCGUCACGCAAGAGAGAGAUCCUCACCAUUGUCCCCUUCGAUCCAAAAUGCCUUACCGCCGGAAAUGGAUGGAUUGGCGUAGGCGGCACGGAGAGUGGAGAUUGUGCCUUUAUUAAACUGGAUGCGUCCUCUCCUCUGUCAGAGUCUGCUGUGCCUGGCUCGCCUGCCGAUGUUGACUCUCCUCUUCCGCUUGACUUUGAUUCCUCCUUAUCGAGGAGGGCACUCCCCUAUCCACCUAAUUUCAGCGUUCGUGAGCUUGGGGGAAGUAUCGUCAAUUCUGUGACCCUUCAUCGUCUUCCAGCUAAUGGAGAUGAAUUCGUCGAUGAAGACAUCGCAGUUCUCAGCAAUAAUGAUACCACCGUGAGCAUCUUCUCACUACCGCGAAUGGAAGUUAUCGAGACAAUCCGUCAUCCCGUAUGCAUGAACUUUGCCAUCAUUUCCCCCAACUCAAAGCUGCUUGCCGCAGUAGGCGAUGAGAACCGGGUGUAUUUCUACCGAGCCAUUCCUUCCUCUGAUAAACAGAAUGCUGUUUCAACCGACGGUGGUAAACUGCUCCGAGAAUGGUCCUGGCCACUCCUUCGAAGCGUGGAGCUAGAUUCCGAUCCUCAUUAUGACGACCGAUGUUGCUUCACCAUUGCAUUUUCUCCUUCGAGCCACCUUUGUGCUGUUGCGUCUCAGGCUGGUGUUAUCACGGUAUUUAGCGUCAAAGACAUAUUCAAUGAUGAUCCAGAUGGAAGAUCUGGACGUGAGGAUAUCUUUUGCGUCUUUAGAUCCUCUAGAUCAUGCUUUGACGGCGGUGCUAUUCGCUGCAUGUCGUUUUCUCCUCAGCCCUGGGACCUCUUAGUUUGGGUUGAAGAUCACGGACGCUUUGGUAUAGCGGAUGUCCGCCAGGGAUUUUCCAGGCGCCAAAUUAUAACUCUCGAUGUAGACGAGCCGAGUCUUGAACGUGUCAAAACAGACAAUCUCGACAAACCGGAAACAGACCUGGAUUUGGAUGGUGAUAUUCACAGACCAGAGAAUGGUGCAACCCAUUCCAGAUUAAAUGAGGCCGAGGAAGCAUUACAGCGAGCCAUCGACUCUAACCGCCACCGACGUCGGGGAGCGGCAAUCGAGGCAGAGUCACAAGUAAUGCGAGAUAGUUUGGCCCGUGACCUAACUGCACGCGAGAGACAGAUUAUCGAUUUCUUGAAUACAGCUCGCUGGGCGUCUUCUAUUGAAGAAGGACCUCAGAGGCUACCGCAUCUAAUUAGUCCUUUGCCCAAUCCCUCUUAUUCUUACCAGCAGCGGUCCUCAAGUCAGUAUUUAGGCGCAUCGCCGCCCCCACCGCCCCCUCCUCCACCUCCUGAUCAUUAUAUAACCCGCAAUGAGCCAUCUCGCAACUCCGAAAGGCCCCGAACAGGAGCCCCUCGGAGACGCAACUCCGUCAUAUUAUCUCAGGACAGCUCAUCCCGUCCAACCGUGCAUACAUCUUCUGCACUAAUCCCUCACCCAGGCAUGUCAUUGAGGUGGCCUUACUCACCCAAUCAAGUCCCAGCACCUAACGAUGAAACAGACAAUUUGAGUAUGGAGGAAGACUUCCCGCGCAUACCAUCACCUAACGAAGAUGGCGUACAGACCGGCCCGUCUAGCUCUACCCAUCGUGGAUCUAGAGCACAGCAGCCGGAGGAUACAUCGUCGAGUAGUAGCCGGCCCAAUACAGGACAACGCCAGCGUCUUGCACGCUCACGGUCAAUCCCCCGCCGUGCUGAUAGGCCCACUCGUGUCCCUGGUGAGCGUCUCGACCCACGUAAUACAAUGGACUCCGAACUAAGAUCUACGUUAGCUGCUGAGCGCCUACGAGCCCAACGACAGGCCGCUGUGGAAGAAAACCAGCGGCUCAGUGAAUGGGAACAACAAUACCGCCGUGUGCUGGAGCUCGAUAACGUUCGAGCAAGCCCUAGGAUCCGAAAUCUUUCUGGGGAAAUUUACGGCGGUCGAGAAUCGGGAUGGGGUGUGGGAACUGCUGGUGUCGGAUGGAGUGAUGAUGGGCGGACUUUAUAUAUUGGCACGGUGCAGGGAAUAUUCGAAUACCAUAUCAAUAUUCCGGAUCGCAAGACCUUCCCAGCCUUUACCUGCAGGUAACAUGCAUAAGCACCACAGCUGAAAAAAUUCGCUCAACCCUAUUCACUCAGCUAUAAUUAUACUCUAUAAAGGGGCUCCGUGACCCAAAUCCGCUUGCAAAAUACCCAACUUGUCAGUUUGGAUAGGCGUUGUUAUUUGGUUUAAUCUACGGCCUUUUUUCUUUGUCUUCUUCCCAAGCCUCCUUCCUUUUGCUGAUUCCAUAUUUAUUACUUUCUUUUUCCCCGCUCAGCAAGCGUUCGAUAUCAUCUUUCUCUCCCUAUCUUUCUUUUUGUAUGGUGCUUUUUUUGGUGCAUUGAGUUGGCUAGGAUAGGUUCGGCCUGGGGUUUUUCAUAUAUUUUUUCAUACUAACAACAAACACAAAGGUAGGAUUGAGGCUGAAUAUUAUUUAUUCAACGGCGAUUCUACCCAAUUACCAAUCAUUUUGUGUCUUGAUCCAUGCUUGCUCGGUCUUUGCUAAUUAAAAGUUCCAUUAAUCUAAUAAAAUCUGAUUUAUUCAUUUAACUGUUGGUCCGAUACAAUCAGGAAGUAAGUUCAAAAAACAGAAGCUUGUUGGUUUUUCGCUUGAAGAAUGUAACAUUUAGUGAGUUACUUAGCUCUGACAAGGGUAGGCGAGGCUCUGCAGGGUCAACUAACUAUCAAGAGGCAAAUAUACCCCCUAUCGAACGACAAGUGCUCGCCAACUAGCCAGGUUCUCAAAAUUUUAGCUGCAUCAAUCCCAGACUGGUCAUUUUUCAACCCUAAGAUGAGCCAAGCAUACUACAAGUUUCUAGCAGAUCAACAGCUCGCUUCGCAGUUGAGGGCUUCCCGCUCGUUUCUAUUUAUGGCUGCGCUAACAAACGAUAUCGGG